GUGUUUACUACUGUACAGCUAGUAAGUUCAUACCUGCACUUUACUAAAAUCUAAUAUCAAAUUUCAUAUUGUAUAAGUUGACAAACCACGCGGUACUGUACGCUCCAAUUCUGUUACCUUCUCAGUUCUUGCACUUCGCACUCACUGUCACCUGCACCCGCGCCCACAAGAGUGUUCACAUGACACAAUCACUUGCUGUCGCUCUAUCUGGAGUCCUCCUUUUAUUUCUCGAUUAUGCCCCAACCAAUGGAAGUAGCUACUACGUCCUGAUAGAGGCAGGAGAGUACGUAGGAGGACCAGAAUGUUGCAAGUACGACAAUCCAUUCGCUACAGCGUCCGCUAACGGUAUCGUGCACGGAUACACGGCUAACGGCAACACUUACCUCAUCGUCAAUGGUACAGACGUCAAUCAAGUGCUCGCGCAGGCGCUAGACACCGGACUGGACAAAGACUCAAGUACCGACUCACUUGAUCACUGUGGGGCGUGGCUCAACUCGGUCCACUACGACGGUCACGUCUUUCGCGGUUUCUAUCACGAAGAAUGGCGAUGUGAUUAUGCCAAGAACUUUUAUACAAAUAAAAGCAUCGCGUACGCAGAGUCCGAGGACGGCGUACAUUUCACAAAGCCAGGACACCCACACAACGUCAUAAUUUCCGCUCCCAACACAACGACCGGACACCAGACUGGCCAGGGCGACCACGGAUCCGUAGUUGUGGAAGAUUUUUACUAUUUGUAUUAUCGUGACUGGGCAACGUGGCGAAUCGGCUUAGCGCGAUCUCCGGUAUCUUCUGGAGGCAAGCCGGGAACAUGGAUGAAGUAUUACAAUAACGAAUUCUCUGAGCCUGGAAUUCGUGGUCAAUCUAGUGGUAUCGGAGCCGGCAAUCUGACCGGUACCGCUGUCUACCGGUUGUCGACUCUUGGAGCACUGGUGGCCGUCGGAGAAGGAUCACCUACGUUGUCGUUCUCACCGGACGGGCUUCGUUGGCUACGAAUGAAGAUGCCCCUCAUUCACACAGACGAAAGUCAAUGGAACAGAACUCUGGCAAAAGGGGUUUUCCUAGGACUUAGUUGCGUAUCCGGCUCUGAUUUCCGACGGAAACGACCUAACCAACCACUUCUAUCUCUACUAUACCUACCUCGAGCCACGUGACACAUUCGCACACCGAUACCUUGCACGCAAACGUGUAUAUCUCAAUAUGAACGCCAGUAACGUCAACGACGAUUUCUUCUCUCUACCCGUCUUGGGAGCUCUAGCUGUUUGGUACAACGACAAGGAUAACGACACGUGGGCGACGUCGGCCAUGGUGC